GGUCCGGAGACACUGAACCGUUUUCCGGGGACGACAUUGUCAACUUUUACCUCUCCCUAGAAAUGUUGCUGACCGAACGAAGUCGUCUACGUCGAUGGAAGUUAACUGCUCUACUUGCCGAGUAUCCGGUUGUCCCAGCCCAGAAUAUCCGAUGUUUCGACUGCAACAGCGGGGCCGGAUCUAACGGCAAUUGUCCCGCGAACGGCGACCUCUUCUACGAAAGAGUGACAAGCAUCGAGUGUCCUGAAUUGUGCUUUGUCCGAACACAUAUCUGGCACCCCGGAGUCAUUUACCGUGGAUGCUCCAGUGGAUUCUGGAUGCCGCGCCCCCUACCGACGUCCGGCUGCAUGACCGACUCAAGGGGAGAUAGCUGGUGCUUCUGCAACUCCGAUGAAUGUAAUACAAUGCAAAUGUAGCAGGAAAGUGUAAUCUUGAGUCAAUACCGAGUUAUCAUUCAAUAUUUAGAUUUUUCUUGAUGUAUAUAAUUUGUAUGUGCCACAUAGCCUUGUAUGCAGCUUUUCUCUAAGCGAAUAUUACAAAGGCAAAUAAAAAUGUUCUGUUU